AUGUGGCUUCAAUUCCUUCUGCUCGCCUUCGUCGUCGGCCUUGGCUUCAGCGUCUUUUUGUACCACAUCAACAGCGUCUUGUCCACCACUCCGGAAGAGGUCGCAAAGAUCGCGGGCAAACCUUGGACAGACGAGGUCAUUCGAGAAGCCUACGAGAAAUGCCGCAAGAGCAGACCCGACUUCAAGAAAUAUCUGCCGCCGAAGCAGGAUAGACGAUAUAUCGUGUUCGGAGGAUCAGGUCUCGUCGGCGGCUGGAUGGUCGAGCACUUGAUCAUGCGAGGUCAGAACCCUGCUGCCAUCCGCAUUGUCGACCUCCAGCCUCCCUGCCGAGAGUUGGCCGUCACAAACAACGUCCCGCACUUCAAGGCCGAUGUCACAGAUCGUGCCGCCGUCGAAAAGGUUUUCAAUGCUCCCUGGCCAGCCGAAUUCGCCAAUCUGCCACUGACGGUCUUUCACACCGUCGCCUACAUUCAUGCCGGCUAUGGCAAAGCAGACUUCCUUGACACCUUCAUGAAAGUGAAUGUCGAAGGCACAAGAAACGUGCUCGAGGCUGCUCGGGCGGCUGGAUGCGACAUCUUUAUCGCCACCUCAUCUGGCAGCAUAGGCAUCAGACCCGCUAAUUUCCUCUUUCCACCAUGGCAGAAAUAUCCCAGAAACUUCGUCCAGAUAUCGGAGAACGCAGACCCUCCGUCGCUGGACAAAGUGGAAAACUUUGCAGGCUGUUAUGCCUAUUCGAAAGCAUUGGCUGAGAAGUUGGUAACCGACGCCGAUGACAUGAAAGCAGGGUUUAGAACCGGUGCCAUCAGACCGGGGCACGCCAUCUACGGACAUGGAGCCGAAAAUCGGAAUUCUGUCGUCUACGACUAUUUGAGACGAGGCGGUCUUCCAACCUGGCUUUACCCGCUUGUCCUUCAAUAUGUCUCUGCGCAGAACGUCUCUCUAGCUCACCUCUUGUAUGAAGCACGUCUGCUCGAGGGCCGGGACGUCGGUGGCAACGCCUACUGUGUCAGCGAUCCUGGCCCACCGUUUCGGUACACAGACCUGUUCCGCUUGCUGAGCACGCUGGCUCACCCCAAAACGCCCAUGCAUUUCACCCCGGUCCCCGGUGUGCUGCUUGUCUUGGUUGCGCACCUCCUGGAAGGGUAUAUCGUGCUGCAGCGUCGACACCUUAACUUCCUGCCUGCGGUGACAAAUUACGAACUCACCAUGCUCCAGCCUGCCGUGUUCAAUUACUCCACUCUAUACAUCAUCUACGACGAUUCCCGUGCGAGGAAGGAACUGGGUUACAAUCCAGGACACACCACUCUCGAGGGAUUGUGCCUGCACGUGCUGGAGUGGAACGAGAAAGUGGACGCGAAGCUGAAGACGGAAGGCAAAGUGCCCGACGAAGCGAAUACUCUGGAAAAGAACGUGCCUGUAGCGCCCAAGGGGGCUGCCAUCUGA